AUGGCGACGGAACAGGUUGCCGAGUUUUGGUGGACGGCUCUUGCAGAAGGUUUCGAGAAGAAGUAUAAAGACGCUCAAGGACAGUCCAUGUGCCUGCACGCCUACGUCCCACAUUAUACCGAUCUCGAGGAUUUGUACUGCCCUCCGGGCCAGGCGAGAGAAGCAGCAAAGGAGGGAGUUCGCUGGACUGCUGGCUUCGGUGAUGAAGGGCUGAAGAUGCGGACGAAGGAAGCAGCAAGAGCUGCUGCUGGGGAAGACCACGCGGACGUGAGAGGUGGCAGCUGGGACGUUGCUGGCGCGAGCGAGCUGGCCGUUUGCUCGAUGAAGACACACGGCAGUAGGGUCAACAAAGCAGGAACUCAGCUGACUUCGCAUGUCGACCCGCUCUUGUGCUACCCCUGCACCAUCCUCGGCCGUGAGAGGACCAUUCUCAAUUUGGAGGUGUUGCUUCGAGACCCAUCAGAUAUAAAUGUUAUACCAGUUGUUGAGGAGCUCCAACGGCGAUUAGCUGUAAAUGCCAUAUGCCAGGGUCAAGAUGAUGCAGAAGAGUACUCUCAUGUACAGAAUGAUGUUGAAGCUGGGGAAGAUGAUGAGUCUCCAUUUGAAUUUCGCGCCGUGGAGGUAGCUUUGGAAGCAAUUUGUAGCUUUCUUGCAGCACGUACUACUGAAUUGGAGACUGCUGCUUAUCCUGCUUUAGAUGAGCUCACCUCAAAAAUUAGCAGCCGUAACUUGGAUAGGGUUCGUAAAUUGAAGAGUGCGAUGACAAGGCUAACAUCAAGGGUGCAAAAGGUACUGUAAGGGGAUGAGCUUGAGCAACUACUAGAUGAUGAUGACGAUAUGGCUGACUUGUAUUUGUCAACUCAAGUUGGUGCAUCUUCCCCUAUAAGUGGUUCAGGCCCAAAUUGGUUUCUGCUUCCUACCAUUGGCUCAAAAAUAUCUCGAGCCAGUAGGGUGAGGUGGCAAACAGUUCGUGGAGACGAAGAUGAUGUUGGGUUGGAAAUGUUACUUGAGGCUUACUUUAUGCAAAUUGAUGGCACAUUGAACAAGCUGACAACACUUCGGGAAUAUAUCGACGACACUGAGGACUACAUUAACAUCCAGUUUGAUAAUCACCGGAAUCAGCUAAUUCAGCUAGAGCUCUUCCUGAGUUCAGGAACUGUUUGUUUGUCCAUCUAUUCUUUGGUUGCUGAUUUUGGCGUGAAAUAUACCUAUGAUUGGAACACUAACCAUGGCUACAUGUUCAAAUGGAUAGGCCUGAACCUUUUUUGCGCAUUGUUAUUCAUCCUCAUAAUUGCAUACGCUCGUCAUAGGGAUUGGUUGGAUCUUGACUUGCAUCUCUCAAGCUGGCCUUUCGGACGACUAAAGGGCAGGGCCAUGAGGGAUGGACUUUGUUUUGAUUCGGAUAGCAAAAAACUGUUAUACUGGUGUGGCUGA